CGCUUGACACAUCUCCAGAUCAUGAUAACUGUCUCAGAAACUAUGAUGAAGGAGUUGUUGGUGUGACAAUGGUCACGAGUAUUCCAUCGGGAUAAAUAGGUAUAUUCAUGACCUGUAAUGAAUCGAUCCUGUUCUUCACUGUGUCGCGAAAACGACUGUGCACACCGAUGAUGAUGAACAAUCAUAUAACUUCAGCACCAAAUAACGAACGCAAAUGAAUUCAUGACGACCAUCCCAAAGAUCACUAAUGAGGAAACUAACAAGUCACUUGAGCGAUAUUGCACCGUCGUGGAAACAACUUCAAGAUGUACAAGGCUCUCUCCAAAUUCCGAGUCUUUAUCUCAAGCUCACCAUCAACGUCACGAAGUACCAACAGGAUUCAUGCACAUAAACUCAGUACAUUUGAUCCACAGAGAUACGCCGAACACAAAUCAAACAUGUCUGCACCACCAAAAGCAAAGCCAGCGAAAUCCAAAUUGAAAGAAAACCAGAACCCCUCAAUCGAGCGCAACUUUCAAGACCUUGGCGCCACGAAAAUGGUGAAAUGGGUUGUUGUUGUCGCACUUUCAAUUGCUGGUACAAUGAAGACAAUAUUCUGGACCAAGGUACUGAUGGCAAAGUUGGGUUGGGGAAAAGGAGAGAGGACGGAGGAACUGGAAGUGGAAGUGGGAGAUGAGGAAGAGAGAAAAGAUCAAUGAAAUGAUUUCAAGGUCUGUACACCCAUAAUUACACGGCCAGAGCUGAUACUUUGCUCAAGAUAAUGAUGAUGAUGAUGAUGCUAUUUCCGAUACCAUUAGGGUUGUUGUGAUGGACAUGCAAAGGGGGGAUACACCACUCACUGUCUCAAGUAACCUUUAUUCAUGGUUACCAUGGGCAGAUAGCGGAUGAAGUCGAUGUCUAAUAGGAAAAGCUUCUAGAAAGUUUCCUGUUUGUGCUCGAGUAACACAAACCAGACUUCACUCAUGAACUGGAUUGGGCUUAGCUUAGGAGCUGAGGAGCCAAGGGGAUCUACGCACAAAGUUAUGCAGGUGCACUUGAUUGUGAGAGCUUAGUUUCUUCCCCACAUAAUU